AUGGCGGAAAAUAAAAGUGAAACGGAAAUGGGGAAGAGAAGGAAGAAGAUCGCUCUUGCGAGUGGUUAUUCCGCGUUAUUAAUCCGUGCGUUGCAAGGAUCCCAGCGCAUCUCAUUUGAUUGCUGCCGAUGGUUGUAUAACAUCAUCAGUGCUUCUAAAACCACAUCUGACCAACAAACUGCAUGCUCAUGCUUUAAAAGGCUUAUGACUCUAGUUCCUCUGUUCAAUGUAGACCGGGCUGAGUCUCUACCUGAGUCUUGCGGUUUUUACCUUCCUUACAAAAUCAGCCCCGCCACCAAAUGCGACAGCGUAAGUGAAAGGAAAAUGUAUAACGACAACUUAUUGGCACUGCGAGCAGAGUAAAAGUGAGUGGUUGCAGCUAAUAAUAUACUACUACAUCUUUUAAUUAUGGUUCGAUGCCUCAAAAAUAUUAAAUGCUUUUGGAUGAGAUCAAUUUUAAUUAAAUUUUUCAAAAAUACAAUUUUUAGCCAACUUUUAAUAAUUGCAUUUUUAUUUUAGUCAAUCACUUUAAAAAAAAUAUCAAAAGGUUUUGAUUUGUUUCAAUUAAUAUUAUUUUAUCAACUAUAUUCAAAAUUUUAGAAAGUAUUUUUUUAAAUGAAACAAAAAAUUAGUUAGAAUUAAAAAUAUUAUAAAAAAAUUGGUAUUUAAAAAAACAAAUAAAUAAUUGAUUAAAAUUAAAAUAUACUUAUUAAAAAUUGGUUAAAAUUAAUAUUUUUAAAAUGUUUAAUUAAAAGUGGCGACAUCAAAAAGAUUUAGUACGUUUAAGAUAUUAAAUGUAUAAUUAAUGUUGAAAAAGGUUGCCUCGUAGCGAGUUUUUUUCUUUCUUGUUGAGGUUUUUUCUUCUUGUUCUAUAUUGUUGUCAUUUGUGUGA